UUGGCAACCCCUCUCUAUAGUGUGGGAAGGGACUGAUACAGAGGAGGGGGAUUGGAAGGAUGGUCUGUAUUUCCUAGGAUUUGCCUACCAAGGGCUGAAUCUAUCAUUACAUUAUUUAAUGUUGGCUGCAUCACAGCCUGAUAUAUGUAUAAGAGUCUCCCAGAAGGGGGAAAGAGACUAUAGUAGGACAUAAAGUCAGCACUGCAAGCUCUGUACUUCUAACUGCCGGCUAAGCUGGUGGCACUAGGAUACGAGAGAGAGGAGAAAACUCUGCAUUUCACCUCUGCAUUGACUACUGCACCAUCGACCAGAGCCUGCAGAGAAAGAGAGAGAGAGCAAAGACUCUAAAGUUCUUUUCCGCUGUCAUCCUAUCCCAUAUCCAGGACACAGAAAAGAGAACAUGAGGUGGAACAUGUUGCUGCUCCUGGUACUUGCUCAGUCCUCAAUAUUGCUAACUUCAGCAUUGGAAGACAACUCAGAGAACAGCAAGGCAUUAAAGGUGACGAUAGGAAGUCUUCCAGCCCGGCCUGUGCUAACAGGGACCCUCACCAUACCAUGUCACAUCAGGUACCAGUCACCAUCUGAAGUCCUCAGCGUUGGGCGUCAAGCAGUGCUGGCAACACCAAGAAUAAAAUGGAGCUUCAUCUCCCAAGGAAAGGAGGUGGAAAUACUAGUGGCAAGGGGCCGCAAGGUUAAGAUCAGUGAGGGCUACCGUGUCCGUGCCUUGAUGCCACAUUAUGCUGAGUCAGUCAAUGAUGCCACAUUAAUCUUAAACAGCCUAAUAACUAAUGACUCAGGGAUCUACCGUUGCCAUGUACAACAUGGUAUAGAAGAUGACUAUGACAUGCUGGAGGUCAAAGUAAAAGGGGUUGUGUUCCUGUAUCGAGAAGGAAUCGCACGCUAUGCUUAUACUUUCUCUAUGGCGCAGGAAGCGUGCAACAGAAUUAAGGCCACCAUUGCUACACCAGAACAGCUUUUGGCUGCUUAUCAUAGUGGCUAUGAGCAGUGUGAUGCUGGAUGGAUUUCAGACCAAACUGUCAGAUACCCAAUCCAGAUCCCAAGAGAUGGUUGCUAUGGGGACAUGGAUGGUUUCCCUGGAGUCCGGAAUUAUGGUGUGCUGGAUCCAGAUGACAUGUAUGAUGUAUACUGCUAUGCGGAAGAACUGAAUGGUGAAGUAUUUUUGGGUACUACACCUAAUAAGUUCACCCUGCAUGAAGCAAGGGACUACUGCAAAAGGCUGGGCACCAGCAUUGCAACCACAGGGCAACUCUAUGCUGCGUGGAACCAGGGGCUUGAUCAAUGUAGCCCUGGGUGGCUCUCAGAUGGAAGUGUGAGGUAUCCAAUUGUCACACCAAGAGACAGAUGUGGGGGCAAUGCUUCUGGCGUUAAAACUAUAUUUAUGUUCCGUAAUCAGACUGGAUUCCCAGACUCCAUGGCCAAAUAUGAUGUCUACUGCUUCAGAGAUAAGAGCCGGUUUGCACCGCAAAAUCUGGAUGAUGGUCAACCUGCUCCAGCUGAGAAGGUCCAAAAUGUUAUAACUUUAACAGAAAGCUUUAAGGAGCUAAUGUUACCUGAAGCCAAUGCUGAAAAUGAAGCUCAAGGCUUUGUGGACUCCAUACCACUAAACAAAACAAAGAUGGCAGACAGUCAACAGACACUAGAAGAGCUAAGGGAAACCAUUACGAAGGAGCAAGAAUCCACUCUCCAAGAGUCAACGCCAACUAUAAAGAGUUCUCCUGUGGUUGUAGAACAAGAACGAGAAGAUGACAAGGAGGAAGAAAUAGCAAAGGAAGAUGCUAGUUUCACCCAAAAACCUUCAGAGACCAAGGCUGCGUUCAUCCCACAGAACAAAUCUGGUUCGUCUUUCCAAGAGACAAUAAGUAGCUUGUUGGAGGAAAGUACUGCCGUUCCUAUGCAGCUAAUUCCAGGUGAAUCCACCACUGAAGAAGUUCUUGUAAAUGCAGAAAAUGACUACUUUUAUGACAAUAUCACGAAUUUGCCAGAUGAAUUUGGCUCUGAGGAGUCAGGAACAUUAAACCAGACUUUUUAUACCCCUACCCAAUCACCAAAGAAAAGUCCUGACCAAGUUAUGAAUAACCACGGUGCAGAUGAAAAUGAGGAUGUUUAUAAUAUCUCAGUGACCACUACUCAGCAAUCAGAAGCUCUUUCUAAUCCAACUGACCCAACACAAGCUGCUUAUGUUACCAAUUUAGCUGGUAGUGGCAUAGAUAACAAAGAUGGUGGUAAUCCUCUACCGCAUUCCACAGGCGAUAUAGAUGAUACAAGUUCUGGAGGGUUUCCUACUUUUAAACCUGGAGACCUUUCUUUUAGUACCUCUGAUGCCGGAGCACAGGUUUUUGAAGCAUCUGGACAUGGAGAUAAUUUAUUUACAGAAGGUCUAAACAGCAGUCCAAAACCCUUUGUGAGUUUAUUAAAAGAACUUGUUACCAGUGAGUUUCCUGUAUCAACAAAACCUCCCAUGUAUUCUGUGGGCGCCAGACUAGAUGCAGACACAAAUCUGUCCACAACACAAGUAGAUUCAUCACCAGAAUCCAGUGGUCAGAGCAGCUCACAAGGCACUUGGCAGGAAGCAAGUGGGGAUGGCUCUGGUUCCUUAUGGUUUGAGUCAAGUGGACAACCCAACAGCACACAAGAUGCCUCUAUUGACAUGAUUGAGCACUCAGGAAACCCAACCAGCCACCCUAAGAUAACACAAGUUACACAAAGUGUGGCCUAUUCUACAAAGUUCUUUGGCAAGAACCCAGUUGAAAAACAGGGUGAAAAGCAAGAGACUGCAACUGUACAAACCUCUCACCUAAUAAGUUCUGUUAUCUCUACAGAAAGGCAAAAAAAUGUCAAUGUGAAUAGCCUUUCUUCAACAGCCUUACCAAACAUGGAAGAAAAUUCCCACAAACCCAGUUCAAGGGAAGCUACAACUGUAUCACCACUCGAUUAUGUUCCUCUCAGGUAUACAAUAUCCCCACCACCUACUAAUAGGACUGAAGAUGCUACCACUCAUAUUCUGGAGAAGACAGCCCACCCAAACGUGUCUAUGAGUGCAACCAACCCACCACCUUCAAUGCCAACAGAAAGAGCAAUUCUGGGAGCCUCAAUAAAUUUGUCAGAUGUCUGCUACCCAAACCCUUGCGGAAAUGGAGGGACUUGCAUUGACGAAGAGGAUGGAGACUUCCGUUGCCUGUGUUUGCCAGGCUAUACUGGGAAAAUCUGUGAAAUAAAUGUAGAGAAGUGUUUGGGUGACUGGGAUGCCUUCCAGGGAUUCUGCUACAAACAUUUCCAUGCAAGACGAAGCUGGGAAGAGGCAGAGAACUUCUGUCGAGAGGCUGGAGGGCACCUAACCAGCAUUAUGACCCCGGAAGAGCAAGAGUUUCUCAUCAACAAAUACAAUGACUAUCAAUGGAUCGGGCUCAAUGACAAGACCAUAGAAGGGGACUUCCAGUGGUCAGAUUGGAACCCCCUGCUCUAUGAGAAUUGGGCCCAUGGGCAGCCGGACAGCUAUUUCCUCUCUGGAGAGAACUGUGUGGUGAUGGUGGGAAACAAUGAGGGCAAAUGGAGUGAUGUCCCAUGUAAUUACCACCUCCCGUUUGUCUGCAAGAUGGGACUAGUCUCCUGUGGUCCUCCUCCUGAUGUAUCCAAUGCCACCAUGUACGGGAGGCCAAAAUCAACCUAUCAGAUCAAUUCAGUGGUUGGAUACCGUUGCCAGGAAGGUUUCCUUCAGAGGAACUCACCAAUCAUUAGGUGCCAAGCAGAUGGUUUUUGGGAGGAGCCCCAACUAAGCUGCAUCUCCAAUGUCACAUUUCAGUAAUCAGAUCCUUUGAAGUCCUAUGUCCUUCCAAUCUUUGUUCUAAGAUGUUUACCACUUGGCUAUAAGUAGAGUCUCUGAAAAUGUAUCCAAGACCCAACAGCUGCAGGAUGGGGCCUCAGACCAACAAUGGGUUUAAAACAGACUUAGCGGCACAAGAAGAGAAUGGCGGCUAUUUCUAUGGACAGAUCAAUACACAGACUGCAGCCAGAUCAUACUCAACCUUACCGAUUCACUUCUACAUUACUGCAGCAAGACAUGUUCAACAGCCCCCAAUAAAUGGAUAUACGUGCCAACAAUACUGCCGGGUCUCUUAUAUUUAUAUGAUCAUAGGGAGGAGGGAAUAAAACAUUAUAGUAACUCUUGUCAUCCUUUACUAUUAAGGUUAAUAUUAACUGUAAUAUUUGACUUAUAUAACCUUAGUUUGUAAAUUAUAACUGAGGAUAUUAGAAGUCAACUUGGAGUUCCAUGAGUCUUUGGCCUCGUGAUUUUAUAUGGUCAUGGAGCUCUUCAUGACUUAUAAUAGCCUUAUAUUUUACAAUAGGGAGUACAGUAUUCUCGAUAUAAUCAGCCCUUUUUUACUGAAGAAUUGGAUCAGGUUAUAUAGAAGCUCUGGUGUAAUAUGCAUCCUGCUAUAGUUCCAGGGGUUAUAAUAUUCCCGAAAAAUUUGUGAAACUCAAAAACUGACGCCUGCGUCAAUUUUGACGCCGGCAUUAAAGUCAAUGGCCAUCCGAAUAGAGUUAAAAAAUUUUGACACCGAAUUUUCACUGGUAAAUUUUUUGAGGGAGUUUAGUGAAUUAAUUCACGAGUAUAAAAUUGAUGAGGGGGCUAUUCUAAGCACUUUUGUAAUGUACAAUCAU